CCUCUCAUCUCCAAGACUGUGCCUUGUUUCACCCUCUCAUCGACUGUACAAUCGAAUCCCUCGUUUUCUUUUAUUGAUUCUUACAUUACUAUUACUCUCGUCACUCUUUGUUCUAUUUAUUGUUCUAUUUAUUCUGUGCGCGGUUUUUCUUUUACAGCUUUCUGCUCCUAACAAAGCUACCGGAACCCACGAUCGGUUCUUCCGCUCAGUGACGCAGCUCAACAACAAACCAUUAUAAUCUUUUCCGUUCAAGCUCUUUUUAUCAACCAUCAAGCCACGGGUUUAUCUCAUCUUUCGAAUCCAAGUUGUCUCUCGUGUGUGAGCGGCAGCAUCACGUGUAUCUGAAAAUAUCCAAUUUUUGUUUGAUGUUUGUGCUAUUAAAGUUAUAAUCACCUUGUUCUUUCAAGUACCAGCUUCUGAAAUGCGCAUUUCAUGGCGUCUCGGCUCUGGGUACGUCGAGUCAGUGGAUGACUAUAUCGGCGUGUUGGUGCCACUGGAGGAAGCUCAUCUUUACAGCCAAGCGGCUAAAGCGAAGGGCGCCGGCCAUGGGGAAACGCGGGAGGAGGGUGAGAUGGAUGAUUUGGAGAUCAAAGAAGAACGCGAAGGCAUGCUUGGAGGUGACGCUGCUGAAUAUACGGUAGAUGGUCUACGCAAAGAAAUGAGAGAAGGGCGACGGGGUCAAUGGACGACAUAUGAGAUCAAAUCAAAGCUCAUGAAUAAGGCAGUCGGAGAUAUCGGUAUGGGCAGUUAUAACUGGCAGUUAUUCGUUCUCUGUGGAUGUGGAUGGUUCGCCGACAACCUUUGGAUGCAGGGAGUGUCACUCUGUCUGCCAUCUCUAUCAGGAGAAUUCGGUGUCGAUGAAAAGACAGUUCGAUACACAACCAGCGCCCUGUUCGUCGGUCUAUCGAUCGGGAGUUUUUUCUGGGGAAUUGGGUCCGAUUUCCUUGGUCGUCGCAUUGCCUUCAACACUACCUUACUUAUUACCAGUGUCUUUGGCAUCAUGUCCGCUUAUGCCCAAAGCUGGGGCAGUGUUUGCUUCUUCUUCAGUGCCCUUGGUUUCGGCGUCGGCGGCAAUCUUCCUGUUGAUGGUGCUCUCUUUCUGGAAUUUCUCCCGGAUGCUUCCAGUGCUUUGCUCACUCUGCUGUCCGUCUGGUGGCCCUUUGGACAGCUUGUCUCAUCUCUAAUUGCAUGGUACUUUAUCGGCAACUGGCCAGUUGAACAGGGUUGGCGAUACUUCAUUGUCACCAUCGGCAUUGUUACUUUCGCCAUGUUUGUUGUCCGAUUCUUCGUCUUUCAUCUCUUCGAGUCACCCAAGUUCCUUCUCAAUAAGGGUCGCCAACAUGAGGCAGUGGCUGUCAUUCACGGUCUGGCAUACCGUAAUGGUACCAAGACUUGGCUUACUUCCGAGCUUCUCGACUUGGUUGCUUGUGAGGAUGGCGAGGAUCUCGCCCAUGUUGCAGAGAAGAAGAUUCCUGCUCCAUCGACUAUGGGUUUCCUCCGCGAGAAGCUCCAGUCAUUCUCCGGAGAGCGUCUGCGACCUCUAUUCCAGAAUAAGACCCUCGGCAUGGCAACUUCUUUGAUCUGGUUCUGCUGGGCUACGAUUGGCAUGGGAUAUCCCCUUUUCAAUGCCUUCCUUCCUCAAUACUUUGCUCGUGCACAUAACGAAGCAUCGGAUAACAUGCAGUCCGAAACAGACACCAUCUCAUCAGACACAUACCGCAACUACGCCAUUGCCUCUGUCAUGGGUGUCCCUGGUUCUCUUCUCGCUGCAUACCUCGUUGAUCACCCGUCCCCCUUCCUCGGUCGUCGAGGAACGCUUGCUAGUUCCACCCUCCUCUCCGCGGUGUUCCUUUUCCUCUUUGUCUUCUACGGCACUACAUCAACUGCCCAACUUCUAAUGUCUUGUGUUGAGGCUUUCGCCCAAAACAUCAUGUACGGUGUUCUGUACGCCUUCACGCCUGAGAUAUUCCCUGCUCCUGUUCGAGGCGCUGGUACCGGCGUGGCCAGCUUCCUGAACCGCAUUACUGGCCUUAUGGCACCCAUCAUUGCCGCUACCGUUCCUGGCGAUGGUGCUACUACACCUAUUAUCAUGUCUGCAGUCCUUAUUUUGUCGGCUUUUAUUGGCAUUUGUCUCAUCCCCAUCGAGACAAGAGGUGCUUCACGACUUUGAGCCCUCAACUUUCAAUUAAGUGCGGUCCCGCAAGCAUAAUAGGCACCGCAUAACCUUUCUAGUUACAACACACGCAUACUAACGACCUGGAGUCAGAGUGGUCUUGGGUAUGACUUGCAUUUCUGAUGUCAUUUAUAACGGGGUUUGGCAGUGCUUUGUAUUUCGUGCUAUUCAUAAAGUUGUCUGCAUAGAGCACAGAUUAACUAGUGAUUACUAAAAAUGUACAAUAGAUAUUGAUAAAGUUGUCUAUCUAUUACCUUUUGCACCUGCCGGUGCAUCAACUCUCCUCUUCCUCAGUGACGUUCCCAUAGCAUCUCUAACCAUAGGAUCUGCUCUAAUAGUAUUCUGUACAAGCCACUCCCUCAUCUUGCCCUGUAGAUUGGACGUUGCAUCAGUGUCGCCCUUAAAGGGAGCCAUUUCCAUAUCCAACAGUCGUACAGCAUCUCCGUCAAGUUGCUUUGUCAACAUUUCAAGUCGAUGUAGGCUUUGUCUCAUAGCCUUUUCGUCCUCCUCCUCGGAUUUUUCUGGCCCCGUGAUCAUGAAUGCAAUGAGAGGUCCUAUCUGGUUGAGAGCAAUGUAGAAUGUGAUUGUGAGUCUCCGGGCGAGAGAGAUGAUCUGGAAAGGUAGAUAUGGUGGCGAAGAUGUAAAUUGUGUGAGGAUGGCGUUGAUGGCAUUGACAAAAGGUGGGAAAUCGGGACGUGUUACGGUAUGGAGCUCGAAUACGCAAAGGGCGAUCAGAACUAGCCACCGGUAGCAUUUACCAAACUCCAUAUAGCCAAAUAAGCCCAGAAUGUAAAUUGAUGCGGCAGCCACAACGUAGUGAGGCAGGAUGCCUGAGACGACGCCACGAGUAACAUAAUCUCUGAUAGUAACGCAUUUCUGCCACCGUGCAAUCUCAGGUCCGAAGCGUUCAUAUGCAAAUCUCUUCGCAGUAUCCUGUAGCGUAUCACUAGCAACCUUUAGGUGCAUGAAGAAGGCGGCAGAAUCGCCAGCGUCCUUGCCUGCUUUGUCUGGAUGGUGCAUGGCAGCCAAGCGGCGGAAGCGCGUCUUGAUCUCGCGAUCGGCAGCAUCGAGUGGCACUCCAAGAUCUGCAUAGUAUGAGGAUAUACGGCGCUGUUCAUAGUCCGCUUCGAAGAUUGUGUAGCAGAGGUAGGCAGCGACAACGAGGAUAUGUAUGGUGCGUCGAUGCGAGUUAUAGCGGGCAGAGCCAGGGGCAGGCUUGGGAUCGCCGGCGCGAAUGGUAAACCCAUAGUAAAUGGACUGGAGCCAUCCUGUUGCAAGCUAUG